AUGGAGAAUUCGACAGAAAUAGUGUUUCUUCUACCAGGACUGAAUGCUACGAAGUCAAACAAACAUGCAUACUUUGUCGUCGCUCUUCUCGCUUACAUUUUUACUAUUUUAGUGAAUCUGGCUUUGAUUGUGACCAUUGUUUUACAUAGAGUGCUCCAUGAGCCAAUGUUUAUAUUUCUGUGCAACUUGUGUGCAAAUGGAAUAUUUGGUGUCUCUACGUUUUAUCCGAAAAUAUUGGUGGACUUUUUAUCUGACGUGAACGUUACUCCGUAUAAAGCGUGCCUCGCUCAAAUGUUUGUAAUAUACAGUUAUGCCUUCUGCGAGAUGACUACGUUAGCUGUGAUGGCUUAUGACAGAUAUAUCGCGAUAUGCAAACCCCUUAAUUACCACUCCAUCAUCACGCCUCGGAGGGUGGCAAAUUUGUUGAUUUUAACCUGGCUUUCUUCCAUCUGCGAAUCAGUUGUUGUGGUGGCCCUGAUAGCCAGGCUGCCUCUCUGUGGAUUCAAAAUCGAUAAGCUUUAUUGCACAGGCUGGGCGGUGGUGAAGCUGUCAUGUGUUGAUACCACUAUCAACAACAUAUACGGAUCCGUUCUCAUGUUUAUACACGUUUCAGAAGCAUUGGUGAUAUUAUUUUCCUAUGUUAAUAUCGUUAAAGCAUCUUUGCGAUCACAGGAAGAACGGAAUAAGUUUAUGCAGACUUGUUUGCCCCAUUUAAUCUCACUGGGAAAUUUUGCAUUCGCAGGCGUUUUUGACAUCAUGUACGCUCGCUAUGGUUCCAGCACUCGUCUGCUGGGUCUGAGUCAUUUCAUGUCCCUGGAGUACCUCGUUGUUCCACCGCUCCUAAACCCCCUCAUGUACGGCCUGAAACUGAAGCAGAUCCGCCAGAGAAUCUUUAGACAUUUAAGAAAAGAAAGACCUCAGAGACCACACUCACACCUUAUCAACAAAGUGUUUUUUCCGUCUUGGAGAGACAGACGGAUGAAGAUGAACAUUUUAUGA